UUUGUAAACAUUUUUAGGUAAGAUCUUGGGAGUAAACGAAAAAAUGGAUUUGCUCGAGGAAAUAAUUGAAAACUCGUAGCAAAUAAGUCUGCUGCUGUUUGAGGAUGAUGAGGAUAAAGUGUAUUCGGUGUUUUCUCAAGCCGGAAAAGUUGGCUAAAGUCUAUAGCAAAAAACAACAGCUGCGUUGAGGAUGUUGGCAGACGGGGUCUCUGCGAAUUCUCUCGACGAAAACAUCCGGAUCGGAGAGUCAACGGCUUUGGUAAUACUUAAAAAGUUUUGUACGGCGGUGAUUGAUGUCUAUGCCGCCGAAUAUCUACGGACACCAACUCACCAAGAUCGUGAUCGGCUGAUGAAGGAGAAUGCCAAUCGAGGAUUCACUGGAAUGUUGGGCUCAAUCGAUUGCGUCCACUGGUUGUGGAAAAACUGCCCGGUAGCUCUCAAAGGGCAGUACCAAGGUGAGGCUGGCAAUCCCACGAUUGUGUUGGAAGCAGUUGCAUCAAGAGACGGUUAUAUUUGGCAUAGUUUUUAUGGAUGCCCAGGAAGCUGUAACGAUUUAAAUGAACAGGACAGAUCAUCAUUGCUAAGUAACAUCCUGCAGAAAGACUUUAUCCAAGGAACAUGGACCGCUUGUGGCAAAUAUUCCAGGAUAUUUUUUAGCCGAUGGAAAUAUCCGAAUUUGCCGAUAUUUUUGAAACACUUCCACAACCACAAAACCCCCAAGAGAAGCAUUUUGUCAAAUGCCAAGAAGCUGCCCGUCAGGAUGUCGAACGAGCAUUUGCCAGCAGGCUUGGAGUAUUCCAAAUGCCGACUAUGGGAUGCUAAAUUCAUGAAAAAUAUCAUUUUCACCUGCAUCAUUUUACACGACAUGCGCUUAGGAACAUCGAAGCGGGAUUCUCUCUCGGGCAUGAUACAACAUCCUGGUCGUUUACAGAGAUCCACUGCCAACGUGAAAACUUAAGGGAUUCGAACCGUUAUUAUGACAUAAUACAAACAAUUAUUGACCAUCUUUGGACAACCGAAGGUGAAACCACAUAAACAUGUUACAAAUAGAUGAUGAAUAAAACCAUAAA